UUGCAAUCUUUGACGUAGACAAGCAUUAUUUCACUUUGCAGUAAUUGUUUUUAAUCAAGUCAAGGUCUUCCUUUGUACCCAUUCUAUAAGGCCCCAACGUAAAUUCUCAACUUGCAUCAUUAGCCCUUUCUUCUUCAUAAUCCGCAUUCCAAGUAGAUUGGGAAUCUUCUAAUGGCCAAUAGGAAUUACCAACAUUAAAGUGGCAAUGAGGCGGAUAUCAUGAACGAGUUAUUCGUCACGAAACUGCAAAUGCCCAGUGAAAGUUGUACUGUGCUGUUCUUUUCGUCACGUUACUUCGGAGUUAGACAAUCAAACACGGAUGGACGUAUACAAAACUAUUGACAUUCUUUUGAAUGAAAUCAAAAGGUGGACAAUUAAUGCAUAGGAAAAACACAACUUGGAGAUUAAAGUCCUGGCAUCGCGUUGAUUGUAGAGAGAAAAAAGCAGCGCGGCUUGCCAGGACCAGGCGCUUUAUGUUGCUCAAGAUGUGGUAUCAAUGAAGGAAUGGGACAAAGUUUGUAAAUAAAAGAAAAAUGAAGGGUAUUUUUCCAACUUUUCGUCGGUGGAACAGAUCUGCGACACAAGACAGCCCGCAACACGACGUAAUCGACGGGCGCAGAAAGAAUGCUAUGCAAUCUCCUUCAGUACAUCGCUCAUUUGAUGAAACUUACUCUAGCCCCAAAAAUCGAACUGGCAGAGGUUAUUUCCGCCCGACAACUCCAAGAUCUCUCAGCGACGAUGUGAACUCAACUCUGCUUGAUAGCUCAGCGGCCUACUAUUCUUCGGAUUCAGAUGGACAACUCUCACCUUCUCCGGACGAUUUGCGUGAUUUAGAAAGGAUCAAAUCGUUUGUCAUAAAUAUCGAAAAGCCAGUUAAACGUGGAAUACUGAAACAGCAAUCAACACUGGAGGGGCCUAGCCCAGGAAGUUCGCCUGUCCACUCGAAGAUGGUUGAUCAACAAGACAUUAUCACUCUAACUCACCAUGUGAGAAGCUUCUCGUCGGCUCUUAGAGUGUUGCGAGACUGCUUCCCUAUCGAAGAAGAAGACAGAAGGGAUCCAGAGGAAAUACAUGCUGAUACACACCAUAAGCUUGGAGAAGUUGUUUCCCUCCUUCAGGGAGUUAUUCAGAGCUACCAAACUUUGAAUCCGACAGAGAUUAUAUCUGCUGCUGGAAUUAUUAUCCAAAAGAUAAAGAGGCACAAUUAUAACCACUUGAAUGGACCUGAUGGUUUUUAUGAAGCAAUUGACCAACUUGCACUUGCAUUCAGCAAUAGUGUCUCAGACUACUUGGAAGAAGACUUGUCACAAAACUUGGGCCAUGCUGAAAUGGGGCAUAUUACUUCAUAUGAAAACUUUCAAACUGCUGGAGGCUAUGAUGAUGAUGAGGACAGACGAGCCUUCUCAGAUGCUGGGGCAGAGUACCCAGAGUACGAUGAUGAAGGGAGUGAAAAAGCUGCAAGUGAGGAAAGCAUUGACAAAAUAGGCUAUGAAGAAAGCAAAAGAUUGUCCUUUAACUUAGAUGCACAGGGCAGCAAUCUGAUGAAUGAGUCUGAAAUUGAAAGGAGUACCAAACCAGAUCUAUCAGCUGCAAGGGCAGAAGAACUUGAUAAAGCAUUGUUUAGUAUUGAAGGAAGUGUUGACGUCACUUUACAGAGAACCAAAGUCUGGUCUAAGUAUGCAAAAGACAUCAUAUCAUACAUGGAGAGACGGGCUCAUAUUGAGUCUGACUAUUGCAAGCAGCUUGCAAAGCUUGCCCAAACCACCAAGGCAGUUAUAACGGAAGAGAGCUACUUACCCUUCCAGUCGACUUACGUCACGGCUCUGGAAUAUGAUAUCAACUUCGCUAAAAACUGUCAACAGAAGCUGCAACAAGACUUGAAAGGGAAAAUAAUCGAGCAAUUAACAUUACGGAGGAACGAGCAUGAUAGACAUAGAUCGAAGUUAAAAGAAAGAUGGAAUAAAGAACUAAAGAAAUUGAACGACAGUGUAGCGAAUUUGAGGAAAGCUAAGUCGAUGUAUGUUCAAAAGCAACAAGAAUUAAAGAAGUUUGUCGACAAGCAAGAAAAGGAUGAGGCAGGUCAGAGCUCUUCCGUCGUUGCAUCUUUUUCAAUUGGGAAGAAAAAGAAAGAAGAGGACAUCGCGAAGCGUGCAGAAGAGGCUGAAGAUUAUUACAGAAAAAGCGUGGAAGAAGCGAAUACGAGGCAGACAUCGAUUGAGGAAGUCAGGCAAACUGUUCUUCGCGAGCUUCGUGAGCUUGUGUACCAAUGUGACAUGACAAUGCGAGCUGUCACGUGUGGGUAUUUCCAAAUUAUGGAGCAGCUCGCCGCUCACCUGCCACAUCAGUACAUGACCCUUGCGAAGGACAGUAAGCAGUCAGAGGUCGGAAAGCAAUUCUCAGAGUUUAUCAAACUGCAACAGACGACCUCAAAGAAAACUGCGCCUAAAAGGUUCUCCUUUGAAAUUUACAGAGCAGAGGAAAGGACUGAUUCGGAUAAAGGCUACAUCGGACCGGCUGAUUUGCUCAAUGUCGCUUCACCGGAUCCAGACCUAGAACAACGGGAAUCCCCUUGCAACGUACAGAGACGAAUCAGCACGCAUUCGGUCGGUUCAGACACCUCUCUCAAUCGGGCAUCAUCCCCCAUUCCGACGAAGAAGCGUCACAACGCAUGGGGUGUCCCGAACAGGCAUUCGAAUAGCGACGACACUGCAAGUGUCAGCAGCAGAUCCUUGCCAGGUUCUCCCUCUGGCAGCCCAACUCUGUCAAAGAAGGCUAAUGCACAAAGAUUGUCACUCAGCACCACAGAAAUGGACAUGAGAGAUGCACUGAAAAAAGACAUUCCAGCUCCAUUCAAGAACCUAAAAUUGUCGAACCCUGCUUUGACGCACAAGUUCAAAAAACUUAGAUCUUCUUCAAAGUGCAAGAAAUGUGAUACAUACGUCUAUUUCUAUGGCGCUGAAUGCGAACUAUGUGGUUUAACUUGUCAUAAGAAGUGUCUGGAAACGUUGGCCAUAAAAUGUGGCAAAUCGCGACUCCCGAGGAAGAUGACAACGUUUGGUGUUGAUUUUCAAAAGCAUUUAGACGCGACAAGAAGGCAUGAUAUUCCGCUCAUAAUGGAAAAAUGCAUCACUGAAAUCGAUCUCCGAUGUCUUGAAGUAAAGGGUAUCUACCGUGUUUCUGGAGUGAAGACAAAGGUCGAGGCCUUAAGUCAGCAAUUCGAAACUGCCGGUUCCGCGGUCGACUUGCAGUCCACCCAUCCGCAUCUGAUAACCUCGGUUUUAAAACUUUACCUGCGUGAGUUGCCAGAACCAUUAAUGACAUUUGACCUCUACAACGAUUUCAUACAGAUAGCAAAGGAUAGCAGUGGCUUGAAGUUCACACGGAAAGAAAAUAGCGAAGUUGAAUAUGAUGAAGACAACGAUGUGAAAUGCGAAAACAUCAUUCGAAGACUGCACGAGUGCGUUCUGAAACUGCCCCAUGCCAACUAUUUCACUCUUGUUCGGCUAAUGAAACAUUUAAAAAGGGUCGCCAACAACGACACCUUUAACCAGAUGUCUUGCAAUAAUAUCGCAAUCAUCUUUGGACCAAAUUUACUCAGGCCAAAGGGAAGCCCUUCGUCACUAUCUGCUCUUAUGGAUAUGCCACAUCAAGUAAGGAUAGUCGAGUUGCUGGUUCUGAAUACAAACAUCUUAGAUGAGGACUUUGGGAAAGCAAAAACUGGCAAAGAUGAAGGCGAAAUCGAGCCUAUACAGGGUGACACAAAAACAGAGAUGCGAGACUCAAGCAACCCGUCGGAGCAAGAUCUCGGCUAUAAUACCCAGCCUGACCAACUCGAUGACGGAAGGCAAGAGUUGAGUUUAUCUGAUGAGCUGCAGCUCGACUUCCCUGAGAUUUUCAAAAGGAGUGAUAGCGAUGGAAGGGAUAUAGCAUCUUCGUUUGGCUCACUGGACAGUGUGCCUGAUAUGCCGUCGCCAGAUGUUGAUUUCAUAACCAAAGAUUUGAUUGAUCGACGAACUUCCAAACCACUUCCUGAAAGACCGUCCAGUCUGAAUUUCGAAAGUUCCAGUCAGGUUUCGUCAUCUCAGAAUAUCAUGUCUGGCUCAGAGUCGAAUCUGAGUUUUGGCUCGAUGAGUCCCGUGGAGUUCCCCGACUCUUCAAUGGAAUUAGGGCGCGAUAAUGCAGGAAGGGCUACGGGAGAAGCCGAACAAAAGCAGAACGGUAAAUAUGAGGCACCAUUGGAAAAGCCAUCAUGUCGAUCGCGGAGGGCAGGGCAGUUCGCAAUAGGCUAUGAAUCCAUCGCAGACAAUGUUGCUGACACAACCAAGAGCAAGGAAGAAGAAUUGCGGCCUUCUAUACCGGAAUCAGAAAAUGAAGAGACCUCUGAGGCUGGCACGAAGUCAAAGGAAGGCUCCAUCCUGGAAGAUGGUGACGAUGCUAACACAAAUAUUGAAAAUCACUCUACAAGUUCUCAUAAAGUUGAAUCCGCGAAUGAAAAUGUAUCUGCCGAGUCUUCGCUGGCAUCAACCGCUACAAUAGCAUCAACUACGCAAAUGGCACCAAGUGUAGAAACUUUUAUUUCGAGUCCACAAAUUUUGCAUUACCAGAAGCUGCCCCCAAAAGUCGCGCCAAAGCCACCCUCCCCAGCUCGGACUCUAACCAGUCCCGAAAUCAACAAACAGUACGAUGACGUCACUGCUAAAAGCAAGCAAGACAUCGAUACGGAUAUCGUAAAUUGCAUCCCCGGCAAUACAAAAAAGCUGCUACAAAAAUUUGCUACCGAUCCUGAUUCCAAUGACACAGUAGAAAACAUAGGUCAAAGCAACGAAGGUGUCACAUCAUGGACAACGUCCCCGAAACUCGUUCGCGUAGCAGAAGAAGGCAGGAUGCCAGUUAACCGCACUAGCUCAAAUACAGCAAAGCUUGUUGAGAAGUUUACAAAAGAGAAGGAUCCAAGACGAGAUAGUCGAGGCUCUAGAGAGGGUAGCCCUUUGGGUAAUCGGGGGGUAUCAGUAAGGCAAAUGUUGAAACAAUUCGAGUCAGGGGAUGAGAUGGAUGAGGAUGAAGUGCGAAGUGUACCGAGGAGGCAAAGUCAACCAGCAAAGGACCUGCAGAAGGAUCAACAGAAAACCCCGCAAAAGGAGUCACGUGACAGUGCUGUCAAGACUGGGUCCUCGUCAUUUCCUAGGGAACAGAAAUCAUUUGGUAUAAGUAAACAAAACGAUGAAAAAGUGCGCAGCGUCAGUGAUCUUGGCGCAAGGAGGGAGCCAAAGUUCGUAUGAUAAUUGUAAAUUGAAGUCAGUUUUAAUGCCGGUCAUCUGUCGCCGAUGUUGUAUAUGCUAGGGUCUCUUAUAGUUGUGAACGCAAGUAUAACGAUUGGGAAUUUUUCAAAACUUUUGCAGUGGUUUAUAAGGGGUAGGGAAAUCGAUUAUAGUUCCAUCCACAGAGUGGAACAGAAAGAAAGGG